UGGCAGCUACCCGAGCCUCAUCGAGAGCCCCAACGUCUACUGCAAGCGCAAGUCCACGCCAUGCCUGGAUGCCUUUCUCUGGACCUCUAAGCACCUCACUCAAGCCAGGUCGUAAAAAUUCAAUAUUUCCAAGACGAUAUCGGCCGCACUACUAUAUAGUAGAAGAGGACGACGCCAUCAAAGCAUAUGAUGAGGCCGGGUACCUGCCGCUGACAAAUCUGGUGCUGGAGACCCGUCCCUGCGAGCGACGGAAAGGGCCCAUCUGCCGAUAUUGCAAUUUCUUUAGAGGGGACGGCGGCGGCGUCGCAAAGCGUCCGUUUGUUCAAUUCGAAGGCGCUGCUGGUCCGUCACCAGCGUUGGCUAAUUCAGCAGGCCAGGCGUCAGCGGCCGUGGCCGUGGCCGUACGCUCCUUUUUCCCGGAGACGUUCCUCUUCCAGCUGGAGGGUCUGGGGGGCGACGGUGAGGUGGAUCUCAAGCAGAAGAUGCCAGACACCAUCACACGCUGGGUCGGCUCCGCCUUCUGCAGCAACUUGAAGAGCGGGUUCGGACUCUCGGAGACGGCAUCCAUUACCACCUUCAAGCCGUUCUUUGCUGAGAUCAACGUGCCGUUCUCGGUCAAGCGAGGCGAACUGCUACGGCUCAAGGUCUCCGUGUUCAACUUCCUGUCGACUGAUCUGUCCGUGCUGGUCGAACUGGCGCCCUCUAAGGACUUCAGCGUGGACGGCGGUGCGCCACGCUCCCACGCGAUCUGCGUGCGGGCGGACCGGCCGUCGGUGGUGGAGUUUCCGCUGCAGUUCAGCAGCCUGGGCGAUGUGGACAUCAUGGCGACGGUGCGGGCGGGCGGCAACGCCUGCGGCAAGCCCAACACCGUGCAGGCCAGUGACGCGCUGCGCCGCAGCUUGCUGGUGAAGCCUGAGGGCUUCCCGCAGGAGGAGGUGUCCACCGCCUUCGUUUGCCGGCCGAAGGGUACCCCAGCCGCCACAGUGGUGACGUUCCCGUUGCAACUGCUUCCCACGCUGGUGCGCGACUCGCAGCGCGCCUGGAUCUCCGUCGUUGGCGACCUGCUCGCGCCGUCCUCCGCGAAUUUGGAACGCUUGGUGCGAGUCCCGACUGGGUGCGGAGAGCAGAACAUGAUCGGCUUUGUUCCCAACAUCUUCGUCCGGCGAUACCUUGAGGAAGUCAAGCUGAUCACAGAUGCUCUUCGGAUAAGAACUACGAAUAACAUGAGGACCGGCUAUCAGCGCGAACUGCGCUUCCGGCGCCGUGAGGGCUCCUAUUCCGCUUUCCCGGAGCGGACGCCGAAGAUCCGCAACGGCUCGCUCUGGCUGACGGCGUACGUGGUGCGCUCGUACGCGGCCGCCAGCCGCUACAUUGCCAUCGAUGCUAAAGACCUGGACAUCAGCACGCGCUGGAUCGCCGGCCGCCAGGAGGCGACCGGCGAAUUCAGCCCGCACGGCGCGCUCUUCCACCGUGAGAUGCGGGGCGGCGUCGGCAGAGGCGGCAACGAGGCGCUCACGGCGUACGUGGUGCUGGCACUGAUGGAGGCCGGCGGCCAGCAGGCGGUCGUCAAGCGCGGCCUCGACUUCCUCGUCAAGACGUCCGUCUUCAGCACGCUGUAUGCCGAGGUUCUGGUGGCACACGCACUCGUGCAGAGUGGCAGGACGGAGGGCGCGACGCGCCUGGCCGCCCUGCUGAAGAAGGGCGUGCGCCGUGGCGGCCAGCUGCACUGGGAGGGCGACCGGUCAAGCGUGCACGGUGGCAGUCGCGCCGUCGACGUGGAGAUGACGUCAUACAUGGUGCUCUCGCUGCUGAAGGUCGGCGGCCGGGCCAACCUGGGUGAGGCAGCGCUCGCCAUCAAGUGGGUGAAUACACAGCGCAACAGCGUCGGCGGCUUCGUGUCCACGCAGGACACUGUGGUGGCGUUGGCGGCGCUAACUGAGUUCGCCGUUGCCACGUACUCACCCAAGAUGUCGGUGGACGUGACGGCGUCCGCGCAGGGCGGCUUCUCGGAGCGAAUCAGCGUCACCGCCAGCACGCGCCUUCUCACGCGACAGCGUAGGAUCCCGGACCCCCUGAAGCUGCCCAACUCGGUCAAGUUCGAGGUGGCCGGCGAGGGGUGCGCCGUCGUGCAGUCGUUGUUCCGGUACAACACCAAGACUGCUUUCCCUGACCCGAGCUUCAAUCUGAAGGCCAACAUCAUCAAAAAGAGCAGCACGUGUUCCACAUUCACCUUGAGUAUCUGUGCAAGUUUCAAGAAACCCAAUACUGAGAGCAACAUGGCAAUUAUUGAGAUCGAAAUGAUAUCCGGGUUUGUGACGGUGGACAAAUCUCUGAGAGAUGUGGAGAAAGAAGGAGUGAUCCAGCGGUGGGAGUUCAAGGAAGGCAAGGCCAGCCUCUACUUCGACGAGUUCACCACCACCGAGGUGUGCUUCAGCGUGCGCUUCACGCAGGCCGUGGCCGUGGAAAAACUGAAGCCCGCUGUCGUUCGAAUCUACGACUACUACGCCGUGGAGGACAGAUUCGAAGUGGAGUACGGGCCACCCUGCAAGACAUAAGGUUACCCUUCACUGAAGCGCGUACGACGUAUGAUUUGAUUCAAGAAGACGCGUGUGCUAUGUUUGGUCGUCUGAUGUAGGUGGGGCAUAGUUUUUUAUUUUUAAAAGUAACCUUUCCCCUAACUUGUGCUUUACUUAAAGCUACGUAUUGAGAUAAUUUUUGCUCCUUCUGCAGUUUUGGUCAACCAUUAUCAUAAGGAUUAAAUUUAAAACGCGUUAAGAAAACACAAAGUGUUGCACACAAUUCAACGUACGUUUUGACCAAACCCUCAUACCGCAUAACAUACCCUCAAACCCUCGGAGACAACGGCAGUGAACAAGGCAAUCCGCCGGCAACUCCGGCAGACAGCUGACAACAGCCUUGGGCGCAACACCCCGGAUAAGUGCAUUAUAUGAUUUCGGGAUAAAUGCACAUAUGCCUUUUGGUGAUGAUGCCGCUUAAACCCUAACCGUAAGAUUUUUAGGGGUAUGUAGGAUCAGUAGUCUGCACGGAGCUCCACAUU